GAUCCAUCUCCGUCCUUCCAAAUCCAAACCCUGUUUCUCGCUCGCAUAGCUAGGAAAGAUCGAUGGAGACCACCAGCGGCGAAAGGCGCCGAGAAGAGGGCUCAUCGAGAUCCCUUCCUACCCAGAGGAACGACGACGACACCGAGAAGAGGGGAGGGCUCAUCAAGAUCCCUUCCUACCAAGAGGUCUUGGGGACCGCAAACUCCUCCUCCCCUAAACCUCACAACCCUUACCCUUCCUUCUCCCAAGUCUUCUUUAUCAAAUCAUCGGAGUUCUACACGCCGCCGCUCCCUUCUCUUCCACCUCCUACGUCCAGUGCCGUUGAUCCCCCUCUUUCAUCGACGCCGCCAUUUUCGUCCUCUCCUGCCGCUGCUUCGUCUUCCUAUUCAUCGGGGAGCGCGUCGGGUCAGAACCGUAAUGCUAUCCUUGUAAGCCACCGGCAGAAGGGGAAUCCGUUGCUCAAGCAUCUUAGGAACACAAGAUGGACGUUUGCGGACGUUGUGUGCGACUACUUGCUGGGCCAGAGUUCGUGUGCUCUUUAUAUAAGUCUCCGCUAUCAUUUGCUCCAUCCAGACUACUUAUACUAUCGAAUAAGAGAAUUGCAAAGGAACUUUAAGCUGCGUGUUGUCUUGUGUCAUGUUGAUGUGGAAGAUGUGGCCAAACCUUUGCUUGAAGUCACAAGGACAACAAUGCUUCAUGACUGCACACUACUCUGUGGAUGGAGCUUUGAAGAAUGUGGUCGGUACUUGGAAACGUUAAAAGUCUAUGAAAACAAACCCUCUGAUAGCAUCCGAGAGCAAAUGCACAGCGACUAUCUUUCACGGUUAACUCAUGCACUUACAAGCAUUCGACAUGUUAACAAGACUGACGUGGUAACACUUGGUUCAACUUUUGGGUCCCUUUCGCAUAUUAUGGAUGCUUCCAUGGAAGACUUAGCUCGUUGCCCUGGCAUUGGUGAACGCAAGGUGAAGCGCUUGUACGAUACUUUUCAUGAACCUUUCAGACAUGUCUCCGGUCAGCCUACUACUAUUGUUCCCGAAACCCCCAUCAGGGAUAAAAAUGAUGAACCUACUACUUCCACACAUAAUGCGGUUGAACCGGAGGGGCAAGGGCCAACUGCAUCUAAACCUAAAAAAGAUACUAAUCUUAGCGUUAGAUCAGCCCUGACUGCUGCCUUUGCCAAGUAUCCCAGAAGGGUCGGGAAACAGGAUAUGAAAAGCACCUUGCUCGAACAAGGAAAAUACAGCAGUACGGAGGCCUCAAAAGAUGGAGAAAACUGAGGUUUGUUAAACGAUAGUGGCAAGAAGAUAAGCCAGGAUGAUGAUGAUGAAGAAGCCAUGAGUUUGUUACUUUCUACAUUCAUCACACAUGCACAGCCUGCCUUCCUGCAUUUAUGUUGUACAAACUGUUGAUGACUUAAUAUUGGUUUCUGGCUACGGUGCACAACUAUUGUAGCUUUAGUUCCAGCACAAUGGUAGAUUCUUUUUAUCCUAUAUAUGACGAAAAAGGUUGCUUGA